AUGGCACCAGUCGGCGCUCUACUCUGGCGUUCGCUCAGGACGUACCAGAUCUAUGGCGCCAACACCGACGUCGGCAAGACCGUCUUCGCCUCGGUCCUAUGCAAUGCCGCCCGCACGUUUUGGCCGCGCGAGAAGACGGCGUUCCUGAAACCCGUUUCCACCGGCCCGGCUGCUGAGGCCGACGACGGUCACAUCGAGCGGUUCGCGCCCGCCGUCGCGAAGAAGACGCUGUUCCAGUUUGAGAUGCCGGCGAGUCCCCAUCUCGCCGCGGAAGCCUCGGACCAGCCCACCCCGAAGGACGGUCAAAUCCUAAGAAGCAUUCACAACUACGCAUCGCGCCGCGCCGCCGAGGGUCCGGGAUGGCUCUUUAUCGAAACGGCCGGCGGAGUCCAUUCGCCGGCCCCGUCCGGGACCACGCAGGCCGACCUCUACACCCCGCUCCGCGUGCCGGUCGUCCUCAUCGGCGACGCCAAGCUGGGCGGCAUCUCGCAGACCAUCUCGGCCUUUGAGUCGCUCAAGCUCCGCGGCUACGACGUCGAGAGCAUCCUGCUUUUCCGGGACGACCGCUACCGGAACCACGCCUACCUGGCCGACUACUUCGCGCGCGACCGCGGCAUCCCCGUCGGCGCGCUGCACCGGCCCCCGGCCCGCGCCGAGGACGUCGAGGCAGACGCGGAAGCCAUGGCUCGCUACUACCGGGAUGCGGCCCCGAGCGACGUGGCCAGAGACGCCCUGGCGCACCUGCACGACCGCCACCUCGCCCGCGUCUCCCGCCUGGAGACCAUGGCCCGCGACGCCCACAGCACCAUCUGGUACCCCUUCACGCAGCACAAGGGCCUGACGCCCGACAAGAUCACGGCCAUCGACUCGGCCUACGGCGACGACUUCCAGACCCUCGUCCCCGCGGGCCGCGAUGACGACCAGGCCCUCCUGCAGCCUUCGUUCGACGGGUCCUCCUCGUGGUGGACCCAGGGCCUCGGCCACGCCAACCCGGAGCUCACCCUUGCCGCGUCGUACGCCGCCGGCCGCUACGGCCACGUCAUGUUCGCCUCCGCCGUCCACGAGCCGGCGCUCGCCCUCGCCCAGUCAGGGCGAUUGGACUCGCAACCAGGUACAGACUUUCAGCACUGCACGUGGUUUUCGUCUUAUAUGAAUGCUUACAAGGGCUUCUGGUUCGACUACCCCUCCGUCGUGUGCAAGGGCGGCAGGUGGCGCGUCCGCGUGCCCGAGGCCCUGCGCGGGGACCUGGGCGCCGGCCGGGAGUUCGGCGCCUUGUCCGAGGUCUUUGAUGUCGUCGGAAGGGAGGAGGCGGGGCAGGCCAGGCUGUACGAGAAGUACAUCGCCGAGUCCCUGGGUCGCCUCCGCGACCGAGGCCGCAAGUUCGGCGCUUUGGUUAUGGAGCCCGUCGUUCUUGGGGCAGGGGGCAUGAUCAUGGUCGACCCUCUGUUCCAAAGGACGCUCGUCAAGGUCGUCCGCCGGCACCCGGAGCUUUUCGGCACCGCGCGCAAUGACCCCCCGGCCGAGACGACAGACGCCAACGGCUGGACCGGUCUCCCGGUCGUGUUCGACGAAGUCUUCACGGGCCUCGGCCGCCUCGGCCGGAUGUCUGCCGCGUCGUUCCUCGGCGUCCAGCCGGACGUCGUGGUCAACGCCAAGCUCCUCACCGGGGGCCUGGUGCCGCUCUGCACGACGACGGCGUCCGACAGCAUAUUCCGCGCGUUCGAGGGCGACGAGAAGAGCGACGCCCUGCUCCACGGCCACAGCUACACCGCGCACCCCGUGGGAUGCCAGGUCGCCCUCAAGUCGCUGCAGGAGCUGCAGAAGAUGGAGGAAGACGGAGAGUGGGACUGGGCCAAGACCGGGGGGUGGGCGCCUGUCGCGGCGUCCGGUACGCGCGCCUUGCAGUCUGGCGGCGGCGGCGGUGGCAACAUCUCUGCGGCGUGGUCGGUGUGGUCGCAUUCCUUCGUGGACUGGGUCUCGAGGCAGACAGGCCGCGUGGAUGGAGUAUGGGCUCUGGGGUCGGUCCUCGCGAUCCACAUGGAGGACGGCGGAGGCGCCGGCUACUCGAGCACCGCGGCCGCCGACGUCCAGAGCGCUCUGCUCCGUGGGGAGGACGGCCCGGGGGGCGCGCGCUGGAAUGUCCACAGCAGAGUCCUCGGAAACGUGCUCUACGUGAUGACGAGCCAAACGACGAGGCAAGAGGAUGUCCAGAGGCUAGAGGCUCUUCUUCGGAAGGCUCUUGGCUAA